AUGCUUUCGCGAGCAGCUCUCCGAGCCGUUCAAUCCUCUACACAUCUUCGCCAUGCAUCUCCGUUAAUACCGGCUACAUCUUCUCGAUUACGGACGUACGCCUCUGGCUCCAAACCACCUCGUGCUCCCCCACCACCUCCUCUCGCCGCCUCAAAACCCGCCCGCAGACCCGCGCCCCCUCCUCCAAAGCCCGCGCAACAGCCGUCAAAAGGUGCGAGACAGACAUCCCCAGGUACCUCAUUCCCCAAAGACCAGACAUGGAAGCCUCAAGAUGGGAUCAAGCUGGGCGGUCCGGCCGCUGCCACCGUUUCCGGCGCGGGACAACCGGUGGGUCAGGCUGUGGGUAAAGACGAAGCCGCAAGCCUGGAGCCCGAUGAAGUCACAUCGGACAGGGUGGUCGACAGCGGUUUGAAACAAGAUGUGAAGGGAGAGAAGCCGUUGGCGCAGGAAAUCAACGCGGAUGGCCCGGAGCCUGGAGACAUUCGACAUCAGACUCACGAAGCGCAGGCGCAAGCCGAGAAUAUCCCUCAGCAUCCGUCUGAGCCGACGGAGGCGCAGAGCCGGCCACAGCAGCCUUUGCCUGACCUGCGGCAGGGCAUCCCAAGCACCUUCAAUCUCGAGUUCGGACAGGGCAAGCAAGCCUCACAGCGUGCGGAAGCCGAGAGUGGUCAGAAUCCGGAGCUCGAUUUGACCUAUGAAGCAUCGGAGGGACAGCAACAGCGCGAUCGCGGAGAGAGAGACUACGACAACUCUGCCUAUGAAACGUCUCUGGACCGUCGACGGGCGCGACUUGCAAACUACAUGUACGCCACCAUCCUUGCAGCGGCCGUGGGAGGCGCUUUCUGGUUUUCCCGGCCCUUUGGUGCCGAGGAAGGACAUCCCGCGUCUCUCUCGCCCGAAGAAGCAUCCGGGUGGUCUCCGGGCAAAAUGUACGCUCGUGUUCGUGCGCGCUGGGGAGAUCAAUUAGGGUAUUACACGGAGCCGGCCUUCCCCAAGCUCCUCCCCGAAAUGCCGGAGAACCAGCGACCGCCGUUCACUCUCGUCAUCGCUCUUGAAGACCUCAUGAUUCACACCACCUGGGACCGGGAGCACGGCUACCGUACGGCCAAACGCCCAGGCCUCGACUACUUCAUCCGCUACCUGCAACAAUACUACGAGCUAGUCCUCUUCACGAACGUUCCGCUCGCAAUGGCCGACCCAGUCAUCCGCAAGCUCGACCCCUACCACUUGAUCAUGUGGUCGCUGGGCCGCGAAGCAACCAAGUACGAAGGAGGCGAGUACGUGAAAGACCUCGCGUACCUCAACCGCGACCUCAAGAAAGUCCUGAUCGUCGACACCGAGAAGCGCCACGUCAAAAACCAGCCCGAAAACGCCAUCGUCAUUCCCAAAUGGUCCGGCGAUCCCAAAGACCCGCACACCAAGGACCUCGUCGCCCUCAUUCCUUUCUUGGAGUACGUAGCGACGAUGGGCAUCGACGACGUGCGCACGGUCCUCAAGUCCUUCGAAGGCACCGCUGUACCGGAAGAGUUUGCUCGUCGGGAAGCCGAAGCGCGCAAGAAGUUCCACGCCCAAUUAGAAGAGGAGCGCAAGAAGCGGCCUAAGCGCUCGCUCGGAUCGCUGGGCUCGGCGUUGGGAAUCAAAUCGAGUCCGCAGAUGGGCGGCGGUAUGGUUCUCGCGGAUGGCCAGAGCGUGGCGGAAGGCUUUGCGCAGGGCAAGAUGCUGAGCGAUCAGAUUCGCGAGCAGGGGCAGCGGCAGUACGAGUAUAUUGAGAAGCAGAUUCGCGAGCAUGGAGAGCAGUGGUUGAAGGAUGAGAAGGAGGAGACGGACAAGAUGAUGCAAGCCGAGAUGAAGAACAUGAAGAAGUCAUGGUUUGGCUUCAUGGGCGGCAGCGGUGGUGGCGGCGAGGCGAAGAAGGAGUAG